AUGUCUCUCGGUGCGGAAGUGACUUCGAAUCUCCGCGACAUUGUAGACAAGGCCUGUGAAGAUCAAAAGUCCGGUAUCCCCGGAACCACAGUCGUGGUCGUUGGCAAAGAUGGCAACGAACUAUUCGCUCACUCUGCCGGUAAGCGAGGCACGGGAUCCAAAGAUCCCAUGACUCUAGAAAACAUCUUCUGGAUUGCAUCUUGUACAAAGAUGCUGGUUGGUAUCGCCUGUAUGCAGCUUGUUGAGCAGGGCCUUCUCAAGCUAGAUGAUGGGCAGCAGACCGAGCGUCUUUGCCCUGAAUUAAAGAGUCUCAAGGUUUUACUGCCAGAUGGCAGUUUUGAGGAGAAGAAGCGUGCAAUUACUCUGCGUAUGCUGUUGACUCAUACUGCCGGAUUCGGCUAUACUUUCUUUAAUGAGAGAUUGAGACAAUGGUCACACCCGGUUGGCGUGGAUGAAUUUUCCGGGCGCAUUGAAGAUAUGAAGCUGCCUCUGAUUUUCCAACCCGGCGAAGGUUGGGAAUACGGUGUUGGUAUCGAUUGGGCGGGGAUUGCGCUGGAACGGGCUACUGGUCUGACCCUCAACGAAUACCUUCAGAAACAUGUUCUUCUUCCCCUUGGGAUCAGAGAAAUGUCCAUGUUACCGAACCACGAAAUGCGUCGGAGGCUAGCCUAUAUGAACAGCAGAAGCCCAGACGGUAGUCUGAGGGCCCGAGACCACCCUCUCCGGGCUCCUCUGGUUGUUGAUCUGGACAAUGAGGCCGAAGUCACUAGGGUAUUCAACAGUGGUGGCGCAGGAAUGUUUGCCAAGCCGCAAGAGUACUGCAAGGUCUUAGCUGUGUUGCUGAACGACGGAACUUGCCCUAAGACGGGCAGCAAGUUACUUUCCAAGGAAACCGUCGAUGAAAUGUUUUCCAAUCAAAUUCCGCAGUUCCCCAACUACAGCCGCUCGGGCAUCCCAGCUGCAAAACCGGACCUGACCAACCUCAUUCCUGAGCUGUAUCCAGUUCCCGGGAACCCGCCACAGGGUUGGGGACUCACUUUCAUGCUAAGCAACGGUGGCGCUACAGGGCGAUCGAGUGGCACAGCGCACUGGGCUGGGCUGCCAAAUUUGUGGUGGUGGGCGGACAGGGAGAAAGGCGUUGCGGGAAUUAUCUGUACGCAGAUUCUUCCCUUUGCGGAUGGCAAGGUGCUUGAGUUAUGGGGAGCAGUUGAAUCCGAGAUAUAUAAAGCGCUUGGUCAAUGA